AUGACAGAGAUGAUUAAUGUAAGUAUGAAUGAGGAUGAGUGGAAGAAGCGCAAAAAUAAUGGAAUUCUGUACGAAGCUCUGAUAAAAGAAGAAAAGCAGACGGUGAUCCAACUCUGCAAACAAUUUCCUGAGGGCGCUCUGCACAUACUCACAGUACACAAGGAUACCGUCCUCCACAUGGCCGCUUACGCCCAGCUUGGCGAUUUGACGAAGAAGCUGCUGGACGACGUCCCGGACGUGCAUCUCGACAAGAUGACCCGCCAGAACCACAUAGGAAACACCGUCCUGCACGAGGCCGCCACCAGCAGCGACGUUGCCCUGGCAGAGGCGGUGCUGCAGAUAGCGCCGGGACUGCUCGGCAUGAUCAACCACGAUGGGGAGACGGCGCUGUUUCGGGCCGUGCGCUACGGGAAGACGAAGGUCUUCCGUUUUCUUUCAGAGAAAAUUUCGACGUAUGAUCCCGACAGCCAGCAGGCCUUCCUGCAGAACAAGGAUAAGACCACCAUUCUACACGCUGCCGUCCAGGUUAAGCGAUUCGGUGAGUUCCAUUUGCUUUGA